AUGAACGAAGGAGCGGUUGCUGGCGGUAGCUCUAUGGCAGAACAUAAGGAACAGCGAUGGUCAACAUGGAUUUCGUCACCUAUCAAUGGUAUGCUAGGAUCAAAUAAUGGCACUGGUUUGGGACCAUCAAUUUCAGAAACUGAGGAAGGAGCAAAACAAGCAGGAGCAACUUAUUCGUGGUUUGAUAAUAUAGGUAAAAACCUACCGUCAUUCUUAUAUGGGCGUUCUCAAGAACCUGUAGAUAUGAAUAACCUGGAGGAUUACGGGCGUCUCAGUGAUAAACAGAUUAAAUUACUGGAACUAGAGGCUCAACAAGGCAUUCGCAAAAAAGCUGAUACAUGGUGCUGGUUUGAAGAUGUCACUACAACAUCGCCAGAGGACUUGACUUUGCCAAAUCCAGGAGAACUGAGUGUAGCUAAUACGGGCUCAGCGGUGUGUCCGUUACCACUCGUCAAGUUUCCAGUCUCCAGGAACUCGUCUGAGCGAUUUUACGUCCAAAACUCCCUAAUUCUGCCUAAUGUUCUGCCAAGUGAACUGUUCCACGGGAGGACUACUCUAAACAAAGUGUCAGCGGCAUUGAAGAACUAUUAUAACUUUGAGGGUGAGAAGCACACUUAUUUGAGCCACGGAAGUGUUUCUGACAAGCUUGAGGGCAAAAGAACAAUUGUCGUAUCCUUUGUGGGCGGCCUGCCAGAAAAAUACGAAAAAGCGACCUUAGGAAAGCAGGUUUCCGCAAAACAGCUCACAAGUAAGAUUGCUGCAAGUUUAAAAGGAUAUCAUACGGAUAAAAUUGUCACUUUCUCUCUUGAGGCACCAUUAGAUCAAAAACCACUAGAGGAAUGUAUUGACGAAUGUACAAAGCUUCUCUGCAAUUGGAAGCGGUAUUUCAACGGUGCUGACUUGAUUAUUUUUGCCGGUGUUUAUCACAGUGUGCCACUACAACUGCAAGUUUCGAAGCGAAUUCUAGAGCAACGAGAUAAAUUCGGGCUUCUAGACAGCGCCGUUGUUGGACUACUUGGAAUCGAAUCAUGCCUUGGUGGCUAUCACUUUUGGGACCACAGUUCAGACUCGACUGGUGAUGCAAACUCUGCGAAUUAUCAGGCUAAUCGAGAAAAGUUCAUGCUACAAGGAUGCACGCGAGUUGAACAAGACAACCUAUCUCAGAUAGCACGGUAUCGAGAUCCCAGCUCCAUAGAAUCUAGGCAAGUUCAAUGCGCUUUAGAUUGGAUGUUUCGUCAUCAACCCAAUACGAAACUGGUACUAUUUGGAAAGCUUUAUGACAAUUUCAUGACAAUCUCCGAAAAGCUUGCCAUCAACCUUCACCACCCAAAUAUUUUAAGGCAUGUGUGGUGUGAAGGAUCAAGUCUGGGUCUUGACUUUAAAAAGACUCCCAGCUUUGUCCCAGCGGGAGAAAAAAUCGGUAAAGGACCGAUAUAUUAUCGAGGAGUGCUGAAAGUUCCACAAGAAAGAGCUUUUGAAGUCUCGUUGAUCGAAGACCUUCUAAUGGCUAUCAACUUAGGACACACACAGCUAAUACCAAUGUUAAAGAUGAUAAGUCCGUUUUUCAUUUCGCGCUCUUUCAACAAACAUACUGUGCCCGCGACAGUAAAAAAACAGCAGCAAUAUGAAUUGAAGGCAUGGUUGCAAGAGAUGGACCAGAGAUGGAAAAAUACUCUUUUGGCCAAAAAUGGGACUUUGCCUGCCGAAAUUGACAACGCGGACGAUCUCUUGACCUACGUUUUCUACAAGGCCAAUAAACCGGCUCCAGACCGCUUCAAAAUUAAAGAGGAUCUUUUUGACGACACUCAAGUACUGCACACUUUUCUCCAUGAUACAGUGCUAACAACUGCACUUUUGGAGCCUCGAGCAGUCGAAUUGUAUUAUAAAUCUGUCACUCCUGUCAGCAUUUUGAACAGUCAAAAUCAAUACGAUUUGGUGUGGCAAAUCCACGACUUUCUUUCCUAUUUUGCAAAAAUAAAAAACCUGCCUCUCUUUCCGGAACCACAAUUGCUCUUCUCUCUAGCGCACGACUCGUCCACCAUAUCCUCAGUCGAACCACAUUCCGUGAAAUUUCGUCGAGGUAAGGAUGAGGCUUCGAGAAGAAUUGAAAAGUUCUGGGAGUUUUACCAGGAAUGGAAACCACCCACCAAGGGUCUCAAACAACUACACCGCAUCCUGAGUUUCCUUUCGCUCUACUCGUCUGGCCGUCAUCUUCAAGUUGACUUGAGGCGUAUACAAUGA